ACUUCUGGAGAAAUCCAGAAACCAAGGUAGAGAGAGCCCCUUCUUUCCUUCCAGAGAUGUCCACUCCUCCGCUUAAAUACCCAUCUUCACUUCUGCGCCGCUUGCAAACGAGUUUCCCUUUCCAACUGUUCAGGGUUCCAUUUGCAGAGCCGAAGGGGAGUCAAUAUCAAACAUGUCUCACUCUCUUUCAAAGCUUGUAAUUUCUCUUCCCGUUUCAUCCCAAACCUCCUCCACUAACAAAUCCAAGCUCCGUCUUCCCGAAUCCGCCAAAUUUCUGAAGCCAAUCGGCGAAGAUGAUAGUAGAGGCCGCUGCUGUAAAGGUAAUGGGGUCAAGGCCAUGGCUGGCGAUGGCAAGGACAGCCUCGACCACUUGCAGAGGGAGAGGGAGAGGGCUAGGAAGCACCAGCCUCAGCCGCCCAAGAGAAGCCUCGCCCAGGUUGCACCCAUAGCUAUGUGGGACAAAUUCCCAACAGCCAGAACAGUGCAGCAAAUGAUGGAGACAAUGGAGAGGAUGAUGGAGGACCCAUUUGAAUACAGCGGGGGGUGGCCGUCGCCGCUGCCGGUUGGGGGCGGCGGCUACAGCCGGGGAAGAACUCCAUGGGACAUAAAAGAAGGGGAGGGAGAGUACAAGAUGCGGUUCGACAUGCCGGGGAUGACGAAGGAGGAUGUGAAGGUGUGGGUGGAGGAGAAGAUGCUGGUGGUGAAGGCCGAGAAGGCGCAGAAGAAGAAGAAGAAGAAGAACGGCGAGGAACAAGAAGGCAACGGCAGCGAGGAGAACGAGGAGUGGUCUGCCAAGAGCUAUGGCAGAUACAGCAGCAGGAUUGCGUUGCCGGAUAAUGUCCAGUUUGAGAAGAUCAAGGCUGAGGUUAAAGAUGGAGUUUUGUACAUAACCAUACCAAAAGCUAGCACCAGUUCCAGCAUUUUGGAUGUUAAGGUUGAGUGAUCGGUGGAUAUGGCAUCCAGUAAUUUAGCUUUUGUGAUAUAUAUAAAGAGUCUAUAAAGUAAGAUGAUGUACAAUUGCACAUGUAAAAGCCGUUUUGUGAUGGUGGUACUCUAUGCCUCUUGACA